AUGGCUGGUGGGGGGAUUUUAUUGCUAGUUGUCGUGUUGGUGGGGUCGGCAGCGAGUGGCAUCAGAGGAGUUCAAAGAGUAAUGAAUUUGCAGAGGGCGUUCCCGCUAAACCAGAUAGUGGAACUGGAGGCGCUAAAGGCUCGAGACCGACUGAGACAUGCUCGAAUGUUACAGAGCUUCGCCGGAGGCAUCGCCAAUUUUCCGGUGUUCGGAAACUCCGAUCCUUCUAAUGCUGGACUUUAUUAUACCAAAGUUAAAUUGGGAUCUCCACCAAGAGAAUUCAAUGUGCAAAUUGAUACUGGGAGUGAUAUUUUGUGGGUUACAUGCAGUUCCUGUAAUGAUUGCCCCAAGACAAGUGGCCUUGGAAUUGAGCUCACUGUCUUUGAUGCUGCUAGCUCAUCAACCGCUUCCCCUAUUUCCUGCUCUGACAAUCAAUGUGCUGCUAUAGUUCAAACUGCAAAUGCUGAAUGCUCUACACAAAGUAACCAGUGUAGUUACUCGUUCCAAUAUGAAGAUGGAAGUGGUACUUCUGGAUUUUAUCUGUCAGAUCUGCUUUAUUUUGACACAAUUUUGGGUACCUCAUUGAUUGCCAAUUCUUCAGCUCCUAUUGUUUUUGGGUGCAGCACCUCUCAGUCUGGGGACUUGAUUGCAUCAGAUAAAGCAAUUGAUGGAAUCUUUGGUUUUGGCCAGCAGCAUCUUUCAGUAAUAUCCCAAUUAUCAUCGCGUGGAAUCACUCCUAAAGUGUUUUCCCAUUGCUUGAAAGGAGAGGGCGAGGGUGGAGGCAUCCUAGUUCUUGGUGAAAUUUUGGAUGCAAGCAUCGUUUAUAGUCCUCUUGUUCCUUCACAGCCUCAUUAUAAUUUAUAUCUGCAGAGCAUUGCUGUCAAUGGGCAACUGUUGCCUAUUGAUUUAGCAGUGUUUGCAACAUCAGGCAACCGAGGAACAGUUGUUGAUUCUGGAACAACUUUGGCAUACCUCGCGGAAGAAGCUUAUGAUCCUUUUGUUGCUGCUAUAACAGCUGCUGUUUCUCAAUCGGUCAGGCCAUUCAUUUCUAAAGGAAACGAGUGCUAUCUAGUUACUACCAGCAUAGCUGAGGUAUUUCCUCCUGUUGCUUUAAAUUUUGCUGGUGGUGCAUCCAUGGUUUUAAGACCAGCAGACUACCUUGUAAAUAUGGGAUUUGGUGAUGGUGCUGCAAUCUGGUGCAUUGGUUUUGUCAAAGUUCAGAAUCAGGGCACUACAAUUUUAGGAGAUCUUGUUCUCAAAGAUAAAAUCUUCAUAUAUGAUUUGGUUCAUCAAAGAAUAGGAUGGGCUGAUUACGACUGUUCACUGGAUGUGAAUGUCUCCCUAACUUUAGGUAAGGAUGAAUUUGUCAAUGCUGGACAGCUGCACGUGAGCAGAUCAUCAAGCUGUGUGCUCUUCAAGCUAAGACCUAAGAGCAAUAUUUCAUUGCUACUGCAUAUAUCGAUGGUGGUCAGCUUUUUCUUUUUGUAA